CAUUGUCUCGCUCUUCACCUCUUCUUCGCCCGCUUCCCGCCACACCCACAAACCUCUUCUCUUUCCGUCUUUCUUCUCCAGUCCGACAGACACUCUACUUGCGAUCCAUACUUUUAUUUUUGCUGUGGCUGCCACUGCCCUGCAGCGACAAUCAUGUCGUUGAAACAGGAAAUCGAGACCUGGGUUGCUGCCCUGGGUCGCUACGACAACAAUGAGUUUGAAGACUCCAUCGUCGAGUUCGAGAAGAUCCAAGACACUAGCAAAAUUCUCUUCAACAUGGGCGUAAUCCACGCGACUCUCGGCGAGCAUGAAAAGGCUGUCGAAGCCUACCAGCGAGCCAUCCGGCUAGACCAGUAUCUCGCCGUCGCCUACUUCCAGCAGGGCGUCUCCAACUUCCUCCUCGGCGACUUUGAGGAGGCCCUCGCCAACUUCAACGAUACCCUUCUGUACCUGCGCGGCAACGCCAUGAUCGACUACGCUCAAUUGGGCCUUCUCUUCAAGCUCUACUCCUGCGAGGUCCUUUUCAACCGUGGCCUGUGCUAUAUCUACCUACAGCAGAAGGAUGCCGGUAUGCAGGACUUGACAUACGCCGUCAAGGAGAAGGUGGUGGAGGAUCACAACGUUAUUGACGAGGCCAUCCGUGAAGAAGCGGAGGGCUACACCGUUUUCUCCAUCCCCGUCGGCGUCGUCUACAGACCCAACGAGGCCAAGGUCCGCAACCUCAAGACCAAAGAUUACCUCGGCAAGGCAAGACUUGUCGCGGCUUCGGAUCGCGCCAAUGCAUUCACCGGAUUCGCCGGCUCGGAGAUCAAGAACGCCGGAAAAUUAGAAGUUAAGGACGACCGGCCCCCAGACAACAUCUCCUUCGCUGCCACCAACCUUGUCAAGCCUGGCAUCCAAUCUCGCAGACAACAGUCAGAACCGCCAAACAGCCGUAAUGUCUUCCCCCCAACUCCUCCACCGGAGAACGAGCGUCCUUCGCGAGGCGCUUCUGUUCGCAACGGUCCAAAGCCCCAACUGGCUAAGCUCAACAUCCAACAAGCUGAGCCGAACCGUCGCUACGAGAAGGCUGGUUCGCCCCCAGAUGCUCGUCAAAGACCAGUAAGAUCUGCGUCUGCCAACCCUAGGAGUGCAGGUCCUCGAGAGCCUCCUCCUCUACAGCGAAGGCCGAAGCAGAUUCCGGAAGAGGAGGGCUCGUACGCCGGCGAGGUUUAUGACAUGUACGGCGGUGCCGGAUCCAGGGGAUCGGGAGGCAGCCGACAACAGGGUCGCCCAUCGCAACCCCGCUACGUCAACGAGGAUGACGGCUCUGAGUACGACGACGGAUCCUUCGAUGAAGGUGACUUCGAAAUGCUGGGCAACAACCGCCGCGGCCCUGCUUCUGUGGCCGGAUCUUCACGCAGUGCCCCCCGCCGUGUCGACGUCACCAAGAUCCGUGUCAAGGUCCACGCCGAUGAUGUGAGAUACAUCAUGGUCAAGCCUGAUGUUGAUUUCUCCGUCUUGGUUGAAAAGGUCCGGGAAAAGUUUGGCCUUCGCCGCCGCUUCAAGGUCAAGGUCAAGGACGAGGACAUACCCAAUGGUGAUAUGAUCACCAUGGGUGACCAAGAUGACCUGGAUAUGGCAAUCGACGCCGCCAAGGAGGAGGCCCGGAAGAUGAGGCAAGAAACUGCAAAGAUGGAGAUUUGGAUCGUGGAAGUUUAGACAUUAUACCCCUUACUGCUGUUGCAUUUUUCUUCAUGUACCCUACCGUCUCACGACAUAAUGGUCUGUCUUUAUAGUGGCUUGUCCUUGAUGGACAGCCCUCUUCUUGACACGGCUGCAUAGCAGCCC